AUGAGGCAGCUUUAUUACAAAAAGAACCGAGAUAACGGUAUGAGGCAGAUUUUCAACAAAACCUGGACAAUGGAUAAUAAUGAGCUUCACGAGAUCGAGAGUCGAAGUGAUCAGUUCCGCAAUGGAGAAGCAGAAGGCUCCGGUAGGCAUAUCGAUGGCACAUUCUUCGGUCUACGAUGGCUUACUUCAAACGACCACGUCAAAUACUUAUCAGCUAUAGUAUUGAUCUAUCAACAUGCCAUUUUCCCUGCUGUCGGAUCUAUAGCCCCUCUUCAGCGCAUUCGCAUGCAACAUGCUUUCAAAGGUCCACUUGAGAGCGAUCCAGGAACGAAAGUUCCCGAUAUACCUGAUCUAUCUGACCGAGGAUAUGACCGAUAA